GUUCAAACUUUCUUCCUGUGUUUGGAAGACAGCACUGGAGCCUCCUUUGGUGUUUUCCUAAUGAAUAGCAAUGCCAUGGCCUCAGGAUCCAGCUGUAUUUGGACCUGAUUCAGUCUUUGUAAAAACCUCCAAGUGCUCCUUUCCUCUUCUUCAGCAUUCACUACGCUUUCUUGCCUUACCUGUAUACACUCUUUGUAAAGCUCAUACUCAAGGAAACACAGUUGUACAGCCACUUUUGCAUGACAGCCGCAAGAAUCCAAUGGGACUUAUAAUUGCCCUGGAUGACAACAGUGCUGCUUCGGGGAACUUGUUCUGGGAUGAUGGAGAAUCUACAGGAACAGUUGACAGUAAAGCCUACAUUUACUAUGAGUUCACAGUUUCCAAUAGGCAAGAUCCUGUUUCCCGUAAGUCAACAUCUGAGGAGAUUUCCAGGAACAUGCUGAAUAUGAUACAUCCUGUUACCUAUCCAUGGCAGCACCGUGAUCUGCCCUAUGCUCCAUGACCGAAAAAACCCCAUGGGACUCACUGUCACUUUGAAUGACACUCUGAUUGCAGAAGGACAGCUUUAUUGGGAUGAUGGGGUUCGCAUUGCUUCUGCCUCCGAACUCACUUAGGACUCAAGGAAGGACAAUCGUACCUAUGGAGCUUGCAGAGGAAGAACCAAUAGGUUUGAAGAAGAGGAUAAUAUUUUCUAAUCCUGACAUCUGGAAGAGGAAAUGAUGAGUGGUCACCUACUGUACACACCAUGUCUUUUGUGAGUAGAAAGCAAUUCAGUUGAGGAAAGUCAGCCAAUGCAUGCAGGUUUGCGCAAGAGGAAGGUUGGGUGCACUGGGUGUAAAUAUAGCUCUUUCUGCAUUAUCAGUUGUAUGAGGUGUGAUGCACGGUACCUACAUAACAAUACUUGCAGCCUUGCUAGCCCCUAAAGCUUUGUUCAAAUUCUGGCACUAUAUGCUGUUUUCAUUCAGACUACCACUUGAGAUUACAAG